AUGUCGAUGUAUGCCGAUGAUCUGUGUAUCUGGUCUUCGGGCCCGAACCGCGCAGUAAUCUGUGGAAGGCUCCAGAAAGCACUCAGCAGAAUCGAAAGAUACCUGAACUGCAGAGGCCUACACCCGUCGCCCAGCAAAUGCGUCGCUAUGGCUUUCACCAGGCGAAGUUGCAAGCGCUUUCCCAUACACAUAGGAGAGCAAAUUAUCCCCUACGUCAACAAGCACACCUUUCUUGAUAUAGUUAUCGACAGGCGGCUCACCUGGGCACCUGAAAUGAACAGACUUCGAUGCAAGGUCAACUCGUACGUGAACAUCAUGCGGUGCCUUUCUGGCUCGACAUGGGGAAAUUCAGCCGCCCUCAUGCAGCUACACAAAUCAAUGGUACUGGGAAGUCUGCGCUACAGUCUGCCUUUACUGCACCGGCACGAAGCGCAUCAUCUGGCGGGCCUGCACAUCUCACGUCCAGCGUCGAGUUUUGCAGAAAUGGUAAGAAACCACGUCGAAGCCUUUCCGGCGAACGCUGCACCGUAUCGUCACCCCCAGCGAGCACCUUGGACAUGGCUGACCCCAACGGUCCACCUCUCAAUACCGGACGUAGGCAAAGGCACAGCCUUCGGUUUUGUGAAGCGGCUCCUCACUCAAUAUUACACUGAAGAGAACUACAAGAACGCCAUCCAGAUAUACACAGAUGGAUCAAGCACUGCGAUGAGCUCGUCCUCUGCAAUCUACGUGCCGGAUGCGAGCAUUUCGGAAGGGUACAAACUCUCCCACCGUACAUCGUUCACGGCAUCCGAGCUCCACGGCAUCUUGCAAGCGUUACACUACAUAGAGGCAACUUCUCCGAAGAGCUAUGUGGUGUGCACGGACUCAAAAUCGGCGUUGGCAUCCCUAUCAACCACAGCCAAAAAGUGCGCAUACCCGGGCCUGCAACAGGCAAUACUCGAUAAGAACGACACCCUGCACAAAAAAGGGUAUGCCAUUACAUAUCAAUGGGUCCCAGGACAUGUUGGCGCCACUGGCAACGAGAUAGCCGAUAUGACAGCAGCUCGGGCGCACAAAAACGAAAGAACAGAGGCCAUUCCCGUUGCAAAAGCUGAUGUGAAGAGCUUUCUCUCUGGUAUCGCAAACCAGAUAACGGUAAAAAUCUGGAAGCAACCUGAGGGCCACCCUUAUCACCUGUACAACUUGGACCCCAAGCUUCAAAGAAGAAUCCCUUGGAGCACACCUUGA